AUGGAAUCAGAAAGAUCUAAUAACAUCCCUCCAUUGGCCAUUGAAGAAGAAAUAUUUGAUGAGGAUAUACCCGACAGAAGUAUCCCUUAUCAUACUAUUCAACUCACCGCACCUAUCAAUUCUCAAAAGAAAUCCGCUCAAGGAGGAUCUGAAACAUGUUCUUUCUGUAAUGAACUCAAUCCAUUAUUCGAACUUGAUGAAGUUAACCUGGAACCAGUCGAUGAUGAUGCAAGGUUAAAUCCUCAAGAAGAAAAAGAUAGGGUUAAAAAAUUUUUUAAAGAGUUAUCCAACAGACCACAAGACUUUAAUCCGUUGCUGGUGACAAAUGUGAAAAUGAAGAACCCCACAACUCCAGAUAUGGCGUUCAUCAAAUUACACAAUAAAAUACUUGAUGCUGAAAAGAUUCUUAAAGAAAAAACACGUGAAGUAUCCUGCAUAGAAUAUGAAAUUCUUGACUCACACUAUCCUCUCAGGGAAGCAUUGGAGAAGAAAUUGGCUGAAUUUACAUCCAUUCACCCUCUUCAAACCACGUGA